AUUGUACUCUGUCAUACGACAUGCGAUAGUGGGUAACACCUAAUUUUCUUCAAAUUGUUGAAAAUUCUUCUCUUAAUUUCUUUUACCCCCGUGGAUUUUGUAGGAUUAGGAAGGAUUCUCAGGCACAAGUUAAUGUGGUAAGGAAGCAAUGGAGCAAUUCUCCCAUGAUCUCACCAUUGCACUGGAGGAAACGUCACGAAUUGGAAAUCUGCACAGUGGGCGGUGGGGCCUCAGGCGAAGAACACGCUCCACAGGGAAUCUACCAAGUGCUCCACAACCAACAGAAGACAGUUCUAGUAGCCCAGCAGAUGCCCCGACAAAGAGACACGAAUUUGGGGCUGCAGCCACGGGUGAUGCCCUCUCGAAUACAUUUCUCAGUGAUUCCGAUGAUCACAGUGAAUUGAAGUUACUCAUAAAGUCCCGCGAUGUGGGAAAUUUCGAGUCAGACUCCCUCAAUGAGAACUUCAGUCCAGCACGCCCAAAUACACGGCGGAAGAGGAAGUUCAAGCGUAUGGCUGUGGAGUAUGAGACAACCCCAACAACCCCGGGCACCUCAACGGUGAGUCCCCUCUUUCCGGGCGCCAUCAAGAAGCGCGUCCUUCGUCAUGCAUGCCAGGAGAAUUUCCGGGCAAAUCUCUACUUUUGCGGUAAACGAAAGCGCUCCCAUCGCGAUAGGUAUGCUGAGUAUGAGCAUAAACAGCAUUCGAGCAGUGUACCACGGCAACGGGAUGUCUUCAUCCCGCGGUAUUCGUAUCUGGAAUUCAAAAGUCGCUCCCGGCAGCUGGCUGGGCGUCCAUUUGAGAAGAUUCAGCCACUCAAUAAGAAUAUUGUGUCUAAAAUUGAGAAAAUCUCCCAGGAAUCCGCGGCAACGUCCACAGUAGUCACGAUGACAUCCCUUCCGGAAGCAGGUGGCAUUCACAGUCGUAUUGGUGGGAGUCUUGUGGUGGAGCCAGCUGCCACGGAAGAUGAGGAUACAAUGAAGAGUGGGGAUUUUCGUGUGGAAACAGAUGUUGGGGCAUUCCCACCGCCACAGCAUGCAAUGCCAAUUGAACCAGCACCACUGCCACAGGGACGACGUGGCAGGAAGAAGGAAUACAUGAAGAUGCAGCUGCAAUUUGACGAUCCCAACUUCAUGGAUUGCAGCCUAAGUGAGUUCCUCAGUAGUAGUUCACUGAGUAGCAGUGACUCCGAGGCAGCUGCUACGAAUGAGAGUGAUCACGAGGGUGACGACGAGCUGACAGAUUGGCCAGGGAAUGAGGUGAUGAUAAAUUUUGCAUCAAAGAACGACUUUAAACGUGCCCGCCCACCAAAACUCACAAAAACACGAUCAAAUCACGAAACACGCGAUCCAGACACGGAUAUGAUGAAUGUGGAUGGAGCACAACCCGUUCCCCAUCUCACGGGGCACAUGCUUCUCGGUGGGAAGGCACCUGUGUCCACACAGCCAAUUAAUAUUGCCGGUGGAUCGUCGUACAGUAGCGGCGGUGGUGGUGGUGGUGCCGGGGGAUGUCCGGAAAUUGAGAGUGAAAUGUCCGGGGAGACAUCCAAUCACUUUCUCUCCUCCCCAAAUACCCUCAGUGAUGUGCGCGAGAUCAGAGCGGGAUGCAGGCGGAUUCGUGAGGAACGACCGGGAUUCUCCAUAAUAACGAGUGUCAAUGAGGAUUUAUCGCGAUUCCUUCAGGAUGGACAGCAGAUGGAAUUACGCCUGCCAGAAUCCAAUGUGAAGGAGCACGAGAAGCUGUCGCACCUGGCCAAGCUGUAUUCGCUGAAUAUGCAACUUAACGAUGGGUGUGCCAUUCUCACCAAGACCAGCAACACCACACAGACCGUACGCAUUGAUCGCAGUUCCAUGUCAAAGCGUCUCCUUCUGAGUGAUCACAAAAGGCGCUGCUACGGCGGUGACACGGAGGAUGUGGAUCUCGAGGAGAUGCCAAGUUAAACUGCCUGAGAGAGACUGAUUGGUGUGUGUGGCCCAGAGCACCGAAACGGUAAGAAUUGCGAAAUGUAAAUUUUUCCUCUUUUUUUUCAUCAUCAUUUUAUCCUUUUUGUCUUACUUAGCACUUAAGAUUGUACAAAGAAAA